CUCGAUAGUCAAUCCAGUACCCCGGCAGUCAGUCCCGUCGGCUCACCUCUCCCAUCACACCGCGCCCAUUGUCGCACUGUUAGCUGUGAGGUAGGAAGUGGCGGUGGAGGCACUAACGGAUCACCUUCACUUUGCCAAUCCAGCUCAAAUGCAGUCGCAUCUAUUAUCACUACUGUCACCGGUCUUAGCUCGUCUGGUGGAGGAGGCUUUGGGGUCGCUUCUUUAGUCGUGUCUACAUCUGGUCCGGUUUCUAGCUGCGCUAAUAAUACAUUAACACUCACAGCAGGGUCGGGAGCUCCACAAACACUGAUCAACACUCAUAACAUUGAAAGUAACACUUCCUUUGCCACCAAUACUGACUGUUGCAGCGCUGAAACUACAUCUUCACUUUCAUCUCAUUCGCCAUCUUCACUGAUUAGGCAGCCGAUUUCUUCUACGUCUCCACCGCCUUUGCCCUUGGUAACUCCUGUCACUACUGCAAUGCCAAUAGCAGUUGCUACUAGCCUAUCCAUUCAGAUGAACGGUGGUCUCAUGGUACCAUAUUCUGGUAGUAUCGGCGGACAUAGUCAACAGCCAAUAGGUUCGGUGGUGGCUGUUUCGAGCCCUGUAUCAUCGAUUCCUUCUGCAUCGGCUUCUAAGCCAUCAUCGCCUCUACUGAACCCCCACUCAAUGACAUCACACUAUUCACCAUCACCAUAUAUAUCGAGUAAGUAA